CUGGAGGCGGGCGUGGCCUUCUUCGAGGCGGCCGUGCAGGUGGGCACCGAAGACCUGAGGACGCUGAGCGCCAUCUACAGCCAGCUGGGCAACGCCUACUUCUACCUGAAGGAGUACGCCCGCGCCCUGGAGUACCACAGGCACGACCUGCUGCUGGCCCGGACCAUCGGCGACCGCAUGGGGGAGGCCAAGGCCAGCGGGAACCUGGGCAACACCCUCAAGGUCCUGGGCCGCUUUGACGAGGCUGCUGUCUGCUGCCAGCGGCACCUGGACAUCGCCCAGGAGGACCGCUCAGCGCGCUGUGCCCGGGGACGGUCACAGGGCCCCGCUGCCCCACGGGAGGGACAUGGCUCUGACCCACUCGCCCCCAGGAGGAACCUGUCCCUGGUGAAGGAGCUGGGUGACCGGGCGGCCCAGGGCAGGGCCUACGGCAACCUGGGCAACACCCACUACCUACUGGGGAGCUUCGUGGAGGCCACGACCUUCCACAAGGAGCGCCUGGUCCUGGCGAAGGAAUUUGGAGACAAGGCCGCCGAGCGGAGGGCCUACAGCAACCUGGGGAACGCCCACAUCUUCCUGGGGCGCUUCGACGUGGCGGCCGAGUACUACAAGUAGGCACCCCGCAGCCGGGAGGGGGGCCAGGUGGGGUCCCCCCCACCCCAGGAGGGCUGACUGACAGCCGUGGGCCAGGGCUGCCGGGGCUUGGUGAGCGCCUGGUGCCCUGGCUGAGGGCCCCCUGGUGCCGGUUACUGGGGGGACCCAGAGCCAGUACAGCCGUUCCCAUAUGGACUCGGGACGGUCAGGACCGCUGGCUCCUGGGGGACCCUGAUUAGGGCCAGGACACUCG